UAUUUGUUGUUGAUGCCCUAAUAGUUAUUUCUGCUCUUGUUGCUUUUUGAGCGCGCAUGUCUUCCGGGAGUUGACAACCGCGUCCCUCGUGUCCUUCUUCUUUUCGGCGAGCCCAAUUCGGCGCUGCGCCGGUCCCGGCCAGUUCGCGAACGAAUCCUGACGCUGGUGCGAUGUCGACAACAGUUGGCGCCUUCAUAGCGGGCGGCAUUGCCGCCUGCGGCGCCGUGACGGCGACGCACCCGUUUGAGACGGUCAAGAUCCGCAUGCAGCUCCAAGGCGAGCUCCAGGACAAAGGCCACCAGCCGCAUCACUACCGCGGCCCCUUCCACGGCGUGUCCGUCAUUGUCAGAAAUGAGGGCCUGCGAGGCAUCUACCGCGGCCUCGGGUGCGCCUACGUCUACCAGGUGCUGCUGAACGGCUGCCGCCUGGGCUUCUACGAGCCCAUGCGCAACGCUCUGGCCACGCUCAUAUUCAAGGACGGCAAGACGCAGAGCUUAGGGAUCAACAUGUUCUGCGGCGCCGCGUCAGGCAUCAUGGGUGCGGCCGCGGGCAGCCCCUUCUUCCUGGUCAAGACCCGGCUGCAGAGCUUUUCGCCCUUCCUGCCCGUCGGCACACAACACCGGUACCGGAACGCGUGGGACGGCCUCAGGCAAAUUUACGGUAGCGAGGGAGUCCGUGGCUUGUACCGCGGCGUGGGCGCCGCCAUGAUCCGGACCGGUUUUGGGAGCUCGGUGCAGCUGCCGACGUACUUCUUUGCGAAGCGUCGGUUAAUGCGGCAUCUCGGUAUGGAGGAGGGCCCGGCUCUCCACCUUACCAGCAGCACGGUCAGCGGCUUCGCGGUUUGCGUGGUGAUGCAUCCUCCAGACACCAUCAUGUCCCGUCUGUAUAACCAGAACGGCAAUCUCUACGCCGGCGUCUUCGACUGUCUGGCCAAGACCGUGCGGACAGAGGGUUUCUUCGCCAUUUACAAGGGCUUCCUGCCCCAUCUCGCGAGGAUCCUACCGCACACGAUCCUGACGCUCACUCUGGCCGAGCAAACCAACAAGCUCGUCAAGAAGCUGGAGAAUCGGCUCCUUCCCGGUGCAGCGCUGAAGACAGUAUGAGGGGGUUUGCAUUUUGAUUGGGCGUUUGAAAACUUGGGUAGAUCUGCAUUUAGAGGCGCGUCCAUUUUCUGCGUCCAUUUACUGCGUGAUAUACCAUGCGCGCGUGGGUUGGGGGGGAAUAGAAGCGAGCGGGA